AUGCAGGCGAGACAACAGACAGAUCUGAUGAUGCCAGCACAACGACUACUCGGAUCUGCAGAAUACCCGCUAGUCACCUUAGCGACACAAGAGCUAGAGGAGAUUCUGGAAGAACUCAAUGAGAUUGUUAAGAAAUAUUCACGCUCCCGUAUGGCUCACGACCGAAAGAGAUACACAGAUAAGAUGAAAUGGUUAUCAGAUGCAAGCAAGAUUGAAGAGCUUCGAGAAAGAGCUCAAGCUAUGAAGUCCAACCUGCACACGGCAAUCACGUUUCGAGUUUCUUCCAUGGUAGAUCGAGGAAAUGUGCGACAGGAAGUGCUCUUUCACCGUGUGACUCAACAGCUGACUUACUAUACUCAAGAGACUCACAAUAUCUCUCAAACGCUACCCAGACUACUUCAAAACCCCCAACCCAUGCCAGAAGAUGCGAGCACAAGUCUACAACCAUGGACGCAAGGCACGAAGAUUCACAACAAGCCCGAACGACCAGCAACGGAAGGGAACAGAGUUGCUGAGAGCAGGACAGCUCCCUCGGCAAAUGCAUCCACUCAUGAAGUUCCCACUAUCAGUGAGGAGAGCUUUGUCAGUGUGACAACCAUUCAACCCAUGGGCACACCGGCAGCAGAAGGUGGAGUGUUGGACGCAUUACGGGAGCAACCUUGGGCCAUCGACGAACUCAACGAAUAUGGAGAGGCUCCAAUCCAUGUUUCAAUUGGUAAUAACAACUUUGAAGGACUUGAGCAACUGAUCGCAGCCAAUGCUGACAUCAAUCGGCAAACUGGUUUCGGCAAUACCCCCCUCAUGAGAGCAUCCUACUACGGGCGCGACACAAUGGUAAAGAAACUCUUGGGGUACAGCGAGAGCCGGAGGUGUAUUGGGCAAAGCACUGCAGUAGGCCAAACUGCCCUGCAUUUUGCUGUUCAAUCAGGGUCUGCAACCUGUGUCAGAUUGUUGCUUGAGGGUGGAGCGUCCGCAUUGAAGCUCAAUCAACUCGGCGAAACUCCAAUGCACCGCCUUGCAUGGGGAAGACAAGAUGACCAACAAGAAAUUGACGAGAUAAUCGAGCUUUUGCAAGCUCACGGAGCUGAUAUCGAAUCAAAAAAUCGUGAUGGUUGGACACCAAUGUUUUGGGCAUGUGCAAAAGGCAAUGUCCCUGUCCUGAAGGCUCUUGUCAGGGCUGGCGGGUCACUCAGUGCCAUCAGUUCACACCGGCAAGGCAUACUUCAUCGGGCGGCUUGCUCAAACAAUUUCGAUGUUGUCCAUUGCCUGGCAGAGCAGGACCUUGAGGAUAUCGACCCGCAACUUCGAGACCUCUCCCAGGGCGAAACUCCUCUAGGCAGCUUGACUUGGAUCUUUGGUAAAUAUGUUGUGCCAUCCGAUCCUAUUCCAACUCCAGAUCAACAGAAAGAUUUCAUCAAACUCUAUUUCGACUUGCUGAUACGUGCCUUGGAGCGUCACAUGUUAACUCUUCAGAAUAUUCAAGAAGCAAUAGAAGAUAGAGACCCGAAGACCACAACAGAACUCCUUCACACACUUAUUAAGAGGAAUGAGGCCAGUUUCCGGCAGAACCUUGUUGACUGGUAUAGAGGAUUCAUAUUUUAUGUUUCAGAUGGCCAGUGGGAUCAUUUGAAGCAGGCAAUAUGCGACGAAUAUGAUGAGACAUCUGAGAAAGCUAAAAAGGCAGCAGUUGCGAGAGGAAAGACGAUGGCAGAUCCUGAGAUGAAGGAAUUUUUCUAA